UGCAUUUAUAUAGAAUUUUUUUAUUAUUUUAGAAUCUUCAUACAGUUACGAUAAAGGAACAACCAAUCCUUUCGUUCAAUAUUUAGAAAUACAUAUACUUGAUUGGUCCUUCUUUUUUUGAAUAAUUUGAGCAUAAUAAGCGUUAUUUUGUACUACAGUGCCAUCUGAACGUUUAAAUCACUAGUAAACUGUAAUAAGCUAUAAACAACAUGAAACCGAUCUUUGCUUGAGAGAAUUCUUUUUAAUUUGUAUAUUGUUCUAUGUAUAUGCUGUAAUAAUUAUGUUAGAUUGCAUUUAACAUAUAGUUUUUACAUGAAUGAAUAUAAUUUAUUAUACUAUAAAAGUACUAUUGUGUGUUUUGAAUCAGUCUUUUAUAAUCUGCUCUUAUACAUAUUAUUUGUGACAAGGAGGCAUUAGUGUAAAUCCGUGAACGCCCAUAAUAAAUAAAGAUUCCUGGUUCAAUUGUACAAUGUCAGCUACUGAGACUACAGUUAUUUUUGCAAAAUUGGAGGCUCUAAAAGAAAUCAGAGCUAAAACUGUACAAUUAGAAAAACUGAAACAAAGAAUAUUGCAAGAGGUAGAACAAACUGAACAAGAAGAAAAAUGUUUAUUAGAAUAUAAACAAGAAAUGGAUUUACUUAUGCAAGAAAAAAUGGCACAUGUUGAAGAAUUACGUCAAAUACAUGCAGAUAUCAAUGUGAUGGAAUCUGUAAUACAUCAAGCAGAAAAAGCAAGGAAUAGAUCACGGGAAACUGCCAAACUUAUACAUAAUAGUAAUUAUCAACCAUUAAAACAUGAUAUUGAUAGAAUGCGUAGAGAAGUAUUAGGUUUGGAAAGAUUACCUGAAUUGUAUGAAACAGAAUCAGAUCUUAUUUCUCCUGAACGGUUUAUUUGCAGUUACUUUGAAAGACCAAUGCAAAAAGCAGAAUGGAGAGUAGAAGUUCGUGGAGAAGACUUAUUACCUCCUCAUAGUUUACAUCAUCCUGGACAUCCAGGUGGUUCAGCUUCUUUUCUUGCUCCUCAACCUCUUCAAGGACCUAGUAAGCCAGAGCCUAGACCAUUGCCCCCUGCUCCUGGUCCACCUGCUCCAACAUUCAGGUACCACUGGCAACAGCCACCACCAAUGAAAUCAUGCCUUUCAUGCCAUCAACAAAUCCAUAGAAAUGCACCAAUUUGUCCUCUUUGUAAAGCUAAGUCUCGAUCACGUAAUCCCAAAAAACCAAAGAAGAAAGAUUAAUUAUAGUUGUAAAUUUUAUUUAUAAGAUGCAUGUGUGCUUUGAUUUUUUACUUUAUAAAUAUGGAUUAGACAUUAGAAAUCUGAGAUUUAUUAUCGUAUCUUAUCGUAAAAUUUGAUUUUAUCGAAAAAAGAAGCCAUUUAUAUCAAAAUGUUUUACGAUUUUUUAUCGAUACUUUUAUGUCUAGUUUAUUAUAUUGUAAAGAAAUAAUAUUUUUUAAAUUAUAUAAUAAUUUAAAUUAUAUAAUUAGUCGAUUAAAAAAUUAAAAAAUUAAGUUUAAAUUAAAUGUAUAUUGAUUUAUAAAUUUUUUAAAUUUGAAAGAAGUCUUCAAAUGUAAUAAAAUGUGACAAAAAUAUACUUUUUGCAAUUGAUACGUUGCAUUCGUACAAAUAUUAUUGCACAUAAUAAAAAAAUAGGAUUUAUGCUUUCUUCUUUUUUAACUAUUUUUUAUUUAAGGCUAUUUAUCACGCCUAAUUUCAUAAUGGUUUAACAAUAAGUGUAGGCAUAAUUCUUGACCGAUUUUAAUGAAUAAUGUCUCAUUUAAAAAAUGAAAAUUUAAGUGAGGAUGUGACUUCUAGAAUUUUUGAAAAAAUUUUAUUUUCUUAAAAAAAAAUCAUGUCAAUAAAUUUUUUCGUAUUUCUUCGAGAAUAGUUUAUACAUAAAAAUAAAACCAUCUCAAAAAAUCAAAAGGGUGCCACUAGUAAUUUUACAACGUUCGUUCACGCAAUCUGUUCAAUAAAUAAACAAUUCUCUCUUAUUAAGAAACAUAGCUUUAUAAUAAUUUAAAUGAUUAU